UGUUUCACCGCGUGGUGCAGCACCAGUAAAAUCUCGGGCUUGAGUACUCUCUAUUCCUUUCUGAUAACAGUGACUACAGAUCCUACAGUGACUCCUAUCUAUAGUCACUGCUGAUAGUAAGUACUUGGAACAAAACCCACUGACAUACACCUAUGUCAAUAUCAUUCUUUACACAGUUAGAAACAUCAUUUUUACCUUAACCUCAAAGAAGAAUGAAUAGAUUUGAAUAUGCUAACCCAGGACUUUUACCAAAUGAAAAUUAUAUUAGACGUGAUACUGGUGUACGUUUAUAUGAUGGCGAUAUUAAGACAAGUUUUGAGGGAGGUGAAUUAGUUCUUACAAGCCAUAGAUUUAUAUGGGGAAGACCUGGUGAUAUAUCACACGGCCACACUUGUCUCGUGUUAUUCCUUCGUCAUAUAAUCUUUUUUGAAGAAGAAGUUCCUGGUCCAUUUUCCUUUGGACGUAGCAAAAAAAUUAUUAUACACCUUUCAGAAGCUUCAAUUGAUAAAAGGCCUGGUCCAUUGGAUAACAGUAUAUAUAACCAUGUUAAAUUCUCAUUUAAAGAAGGCUUAGAUCCAGAUUUUCUUGCACAGUUAUCUGAUGGUGUAAUGAAAAAAGCUUGGGAAUUUGCACCUAUUGUACCCCUAAAUCAUUCCAUUAGCAAUACCAGAAACAGUGGAAACCAUAAUAAACCACUGCCACAAAUAAAAACACGAACUGGUAUAAUAGGUAUUGAAAGAAGUCUUCAAGAACAACAGAAAGCAACAGAUGAAAGUAUAUUACUGGCCUUUCAAGAUCUAAAAAAACUUAUGGAAAUGGCUAAAGACAUGGUUUCCAUUUCAAAAACAAUUUCAGCAAAAAUACGGGAGAGGCAAGGAGAUAUCACGGAGGAUGAAACAGUGAGAUUUAAGUCUUACUUAAUGAGUCUUGGUAUUGAUGAUCCUGUUACCAGAGAUGCAUAUAAAAGUAGUAACGAAUAUUUCAAACAAUUGGCAAAACAACUUGCAAAUAUUUUAGAAGAACCAAUUAAAGAAGUUGGAGGAAUGAUGACAUUAACGGAUGUUUAUUGUCGAGUAAAUAGAGCUAGGGGCUUGGAACUUCUAUCGCCAGAAGAUCUAUUAAAUGCUAGUAGACAAUUAGCUCCUUUAGAUUUACCUAUAGUACUACGAGUGUUCGAUAGUGGAGUUAUGAUUCUUCAAAUUCGAUCCUAUGAUGAUGACUCCAUAGCUGAUGUUAUAGCUGAUCUUAUAAAAGGAAGAGGAUCUUUGACAGCAGAAGAAUUAGCACAGUCAGAAGGUAUAUCGGUCCUUCUAGCGCGUGAAAGGUUACUAGUUACUGAAAAGAGAGGAAAAGCAUGUAGAGAUGAUACAAUUGAAGCUUUAAGAUUCUAUCCUAAUUUAUUUUUGGAAACGGAUAAUUAACUGCCAGUUUCUUAUUUUGUGUGACGAAUAUCGUCAUUGAAAUUGUAUGUAUAUAUAUAUAUUAUGUGUCUUUAUACAUUACAUACACAAAACACAACAGAACUGAACAUUAAACAUUACAUUAAAUAUUUGUUACUCUUAUUUUGCAAUUAAUAUUUCUCUUAAUCACAGCUAACUUUUUAUAAGAAUAAAAAAAAUUGUAUAUUGCAAAUGCACAAAUAAAUCUUGUUUAGUAUUGAACUAAAA